CUCGCCGUCGACACGCGUCCAAACCGAAGAACAACUGGACCCCGCAGCGACGGCAACCGGCACGACGGCGGCUCUAUCAAAUGGUUGUUUGAAACAUUCAAACGAAACCCUGGAAAAGAGAAGAAAAAAAUAGACACAAAAAAAGAAACGUGCCUAAUGCCUGCGCCCAUCAGCUCCCGAGCCAGGUCCCUGUCCCUCCUCUUUCAUCAUAACCAGGUGGACCCCGCAAUAACACCAGCAGCCAUGACGAAACCCAACCGCCACGAGCUCGACAACCUGCCAGUUCCUGCUGAGCAACCUAACACUGGCGCCGGCGCAGUCUCCUCUGCCACUGCUGCUGCUGCUGCUGCUCCUGCUGCGCAUGCUCAUGCGCCUGAACCCCAAAGGGCCCCUCUUCUUCAUUACCACGUCCCCUGCGCCGCCAACAUUAUUACCCCGCCGGCCAGUCCCCCCGUGCCGCUCGAAGAGGACGAUUCCCACUCCAACUUUUCCGCGACCGCUGUGACUGGCACAGCUGCAGCAACCCGCCCCCCCAGUGACGACACAUGCUCGCUGGCUCAGUCGCAAACCGGCACCGCGUACAGUUCGCGCAGGGAGUACAUGGACAGCCUGGUGCCGCCGUCGCACGACGUGUUUGAAAAGAUUGCUGAAGUCCAGCGCACUCGCGAAGAGGAAUUCAAGAAGAACAAGUCCAAACUGCGUUCCAUGCAGACCCAACACCUCCACGACCACUUCCACAGUCCCCGGCACUCCCAGGACGGCCAUAAAGACGGCGCUGAUCCAACGGAACUACCGCGGGUACCGCGUGCGGCGAGAGAUGCAGGGCCUGAGCCUGGACCCCUCGACGAGAUGGGCAUCGGCCAUCAACGAGCUGCAGUUCCGCGAGCUCAACCGCCCGCGCGCAAAGAGCUCCGCCAGCGCGGCAGGGCUGGCCGCCGGCAACGGCGACCAGCACAGCGUGCUCUCGAGGGACCCGGAGGGCGGCAUGAGCGGCCCGGCGACGGCGCGAGAGAACUGGAAGAAGGCGGCGACGAUCGCGCGGCGCGCGGGCCACGACGACCUCGAGUCCGACUCAGACUCGUCCGCGUCGUCGUCGGACGCCGAGGAGACGCCCGAGCACCGGGACGAGAAGAGGAGGCGCCGCGAGGAGGCCGUCGCGCGGCGGAAGAAGGACUCCAAGAUGAUGGGGUUGCAGUACUUCCUCGAGAUGGUCGACCUCAAGCACCGGUACGGCAGCAACCUGCGCGUGUACCACGAGGAGUGGAAGAAGACGGACACGAACGAGAACUUCUUCUACUGGCUGGACUACGGCGGCGGACGCAACGUCGAGAUGGAGGCGUGCCCGCGCGACCGCCUCGAGAGGGAGCAGGUGCGGUAUCUGUCGCGCGAGGAGAGACAGUACUACCUGGUACAGGUGGACGACGAGGGGCGGCUGUGCUGGGCCAAGAACGGCGCGCGCAUCGACACGACCGAGGCGUUCAAGGACAGCAUCCACGGCAUCGUGCCCGCCGACGACCCGACGCCCGCCUGGUCGCAGAACAAGCUGCCACCGCCUUCCGACUCGGGCAACAACGACAACGAUGGCGACGACGUCGACAGCCGGUCCGAGUCCUCGGUGGAGUCGGCGCUGGAGGCGGACCGCGCGGCCAAGUACGCGACGCCGGAGCUCGACGGCGCGACGGGGGUGCGCAAGGUGUCGCACAUCUCGGCAGCGACCGUCUUCAACAAGCUGCUGCGCAAGUCGGUCAAGAAGAACACGUGGAUCUUUGUGGCGGACACGAGCUUCCGGCUGUACGUGGGGAUCAAGGAUGGGCGGCUGUCGAGCCUGUCGCCGCUGAGCGGCCACUACCGCCCGCCGGCGUCCAACUUCCGCGCCUUCGUGCGGAACCUCAAGGACGCCGGCGUCGACACCUCGCACGUGAGCAUCUCCAAGUCGUACGCCGUGCUGGUCGGGCUCGAGGUGUACGUCAAGACGCGCCAGAAGGGCAAGCGGACGCUGGAGAGGGCGACGCGCAAGAAGGACAAGAUCGUGUCGCCCGAGGCGGCCCGCCGCCGCGAGGAGGCCGAGCGGGACAAGUCCGAGAGCGCGGCGCGGGAGCGCGAGGUGCUCGAGAGGGAGGCCGAGGAGCGCGAGGAGAACCGCGCGGCCGUCCGGCUCAUGCGGAAGCUGAACCUCGCGCCGCAGGUGCCGGCGGGGCAGAAGGGGUCCGAGGAGGGGCCGGCGUUGGAGCCGCUGGCGGAGGUGACGACGACGGCGCCGGCGGCCGCCGGCGGGGGACCCGGAGCUUAGACGAUCCCCGGGGUGUUGCCGACGAAUGUCUUAUUUUCCUCACUGGAUAUGCAAAACCGCCGGUCACGGCCGCGAUCGCGGUCGCGGUGAUGGAUUUGGAUGUUCGAGAAGGAUGUCUCGGAUGGAGGGUUUUUUUUUUCUUUUUUUUUUCUCUCGGGGUGUUGUCGAACCGUUGACCUUGGGUGGCGUGCGAUUUUUUUUUUGCUGCGAGAGUUUGUUAUACCCCCUUCUUCCUUUCCACAUCCCCCCCUUUUGGACAUUUCUUUUUAACACUGUAGUGUACUCGCUGGGCUGGCUGGCUGGCUUUUAUUACAUUUUGUCAUGUGUUAAAGCAGAAGCCUUUGUCCCGAGCCUGUAGAAACGGGGGGAAACCGUAAAUUGCAAUGUCUGACGAAAUGCUUAAGAGAAAAACGGCGGCGAUGUUGAAUCAAAACCCCCGCCCUCCAAGUCUCGUGU